GCUAGCUGUCCCUCAGUCCCCGCGCACCACUCCCACACCAAAAGCGACGCACAUCUUGCGUUCCUUACACAUCAGUCAACACACACACAUAAAGCAGGCGGCCGGGCAAGCGCCCCCACCCCACCACCCACGCAGAGAGAGACAAAUGCAUCCCCUCAGAUCAUCUCAACCUCCCACCCUCCCUCUCUCCCUCGCUCCCUCCCUCCGUCUGUGCGUCUCAGCAACUCAGCCCCGGCGGGCUGGAAACACAACCAAUCAGUCAAUCUCGUACACAGUAACUGCGAUCGAUCAGAGCACGCACGCAUCACGCGACAGAUGCAGACGCAGUGAGAGUGAGAAAUGAAUGAAUGCACCACUGAUAAAAGACACCACUCACCCCUUCCCGGCCCCACAUUACACAGACAGGCAGGCAGACAGACAGGCAGAGGAACUCUUCGGUCGGUGCGCGAGCCGCGACACUCCGUUCGGUCCUCACUGACAAGAGUACGUCCACUACAGGAGAAAAAGAGAAGCAAGAGCUACAGCGGUGGACAAAACCACCCGCCCCCUCCACCCCCCACCCAAGACCGGCCGUCAUGCGGCCAGUCUUCGGAUCUGUCCGUCAGCGGCAUCGAUAUCGAUAUCGACAAUACUCUGUUCCUGCAGCACCUGGGCUUCGCCCUCCAUCCCGAGCUGCGAGCCGCUUCGCGACACAGACACACGCAGCAGCUGGGGGUGGCCAUGGCCCUUGCUGUGCGCCCGGUGGUGGCCACACACGGAGGGGAGGGGAGAGGGGUCCACCGUGUCCAGCGGGGUGCGGCAGAUCGGACAGGUGAAGUGGCCCUGGGCCAUCCACCCUUCAAGGCAUUCCUGACACACGUACACAGAGUCCAUGCCUUGUGCAUGUGUUGUGUUGCAUGUGUCGUGACACGGCCUCUGCUCGGCAGGCCGGUAUAGCUUACCUUGUGGAAUGUGUGGUUCUGGCACGACGGGGAUGUGGGGGUGGCGCACACGUCGCCCUCCUGGUACGCCGACAGGCACACGCAACACACAUUCUGGCUAUCGGCCGAGGCGGUCGAGUCCUCCUCGUUGCUCAUGGUGGCGGUAGCGAGGUUGCCCUCCUCUGCUCGUGGCGUCGGCUCCAUCGGCUCGUACCUGAAGAUCUGCACCAACCAGAAAGACAAACCACAGAUUCGCAGCCCCCCAUGUGGAUUCUCUCCUCUCGUGCUCGCCUGGAGGUCGAUGAACUUGACCUUCUCGUGCGCCGGUGGCUGGUGCGGCGGUCUCCCCCUUCCCCUGGGAGAGAUUACCUCGAGAGGUGAGGUGCGUCUUUGGUGUUGGUGCCGUGUCCCAUCGUCUUGCUCAUGGUCGCGAUCUCGCCACCGGCAUGCAUCGAGGACCAUUAGGACUAGGGAAGGGCCGAAGCGGAGGACAAUCAGAACGAAGAUCACCACGAUCAGCGCCAACAUCGACA